ACCCUAAUUAAACAAAUGGAUCAGAAGCUCUCAGAGCGAGGACGACACACGCCCUCACUCUCCUAUAUAAACGCCACUCACCCAUCGCUUGCAAAACCACCUCGAGCUCAAACACAAUUUAUUACAUUUCAAGCUUGUUUAAGCUCAAGUAGUGAAGAGAAAAACAUCGACAGGAUGAGGAGCUUCCAUUUCGUCGUCGUCCUCGCGCUGGCGGUGGCGAUCUCGUCGCCAUUGGCGGUGGCGCAGCUGAAGCAGAACUACUACGCCAGCAUCUGCCCGAACCUCGAGAACAUCGUGCGCGGGUCCGUGCAGAGGUCGAUGCAGCAGUCGCCGAUCGCGGCGCCGGCGACGCUGAGGCUCUUCUUCCACGACUGCGCCGUCCGCGGGUGCGACGCGUCGGUCAUGAUCAUCAACCCGAACGGCGACGACGAGUGGAGGAACCCCGACGACCAGACGCUGAAGCCGGAGGGGUUCACGACGGUGAUAGCCGCCAAGGCCGCCGUCGACAGCGACCCCCAAUGCCGGAACAGGGUGUCCUGCGCCGACAUCUUGGCCCUCGCCACUAGAGACUCCGUCUUCCUGAGUGGAGGACCGGACUACGCGGUGGAGCUCGGCAGGUUCGACGGCAGGGUGUCGACCAGGAACAGCGUCAACCUGCCUCAUGGCAACUUCAACCUCGACCAGCUCACCGGCUACUUCGGCAGCCUCGGCCUCAGCCCCACCGACAUGGUCGCCCUCUCCGGGGGUCACACCAUCGGGGCGGCGUCCUGCAGCUUCUUCGGCUACAGGCUCGGCGGCGACCCGACCAUGGACCCCAACUUCGCGGCGAUGCUGCGCGGCAGCUGCGGCUCCAGCGGCUUCGCGUUCCUCGACGCCGCGACGCCGCUCCGGUUCGACAACGCCUUCUACCAGAACCUCCGCGCCGGCCGCGGCCUCCUCGGCUCCGACCAGACGCUCUACUCCGACCCGAGGUCCCGCGGCCUCGUCGACCGCUACGCCGCCAACCAGGGCGCCUUCUUCAACGACUUCGUCGCCGCCAUGACCAAGCUCGGCAGGGUCGGCGUCAAGUCGCCGGCCACCGGCGGCGAGAUCCGCCGCGACUGCAGGUUCCCCAACUGAUGACAUGGCACACGAUGCGUUGCACACGUGCGACGUGACGUGAUCUACCUCGAGGGGGAUGCAGGCCUCUGCACUUGUGCAGGUUGCAUGUUCUUGGAGGGCAAUUGGGCGAUAGAUGGCAAUCUUUCCUUUUGGAUUUGGGGAAAAAACAAUCGGUAGUACAUUAUUGUGUGUUCAAAAAUUUAAGUUGUUUUUGUCAACGAUCCGAAUAAGUUGUAAUAUACAACGAUGUAAAAGUGAUUUGUUCGAUUAAUUUGUGUUUGACUUGACUUGACGUGCAGUUUGCCACGAUUU